CAAUUACUACGAUCUGAUCUUUUGAUCCGGUGAAAAGAAUCGUAUAAUUGAGCUUUUGACGUCGUUUCUCUCACUCUUCUUUUUCGUCUUCGGUGAGAAAUUCACAGAAGCAGAGGCUUUAGAGCAGCCCAAAACAAUGGUGUGCGAAAAGUGUGAGAAGAAGCUGGCGAAGGUUAUAGUACCAGACAAAUGGAAAGAAGGGGCUAGCAACACCACCGAAGGAGGUGGCCGCAAGAUCAAUGAGAACAAGCUCCUCUCCAAGAAAAAUAGAUGGACACCAUAUGGAACGACCAAGUGCAUUAUCUGCAAGCAGCAAGUACAUCAAGAUGGGAAAUACUGCCAUACCUGUGCUUACUCGAAAGGGGUAUGUGCAAUGUGUGGUAAGCAAGUACUUGACACCAAGCUCUACAAACAAAGCAAUGUAUAGUAGAAACAAGUUGCUGGUACUUGAAUCUCUGUUUCUCUUCUCUCUUCUAAAAGCCAAAACCAGAUCUGAUUUUCUAGAAAGGUUUCCAUUAUGAAGCAAAAGCACACCAAAUUUGUCUAUGAGACUCGAAUAUUAACAAUUAGGUUUUGUGUAUUUAUGCUUGCUUGAUAGGUUUAUUCAUGAUCAAAGAAAUGCACUAGCAUAACCCGUGUUCCAUAAACAUUGUUGUAGACUCGUUUUUUUAUGCGAAAUACAUAAUUCUGCUUUGUAA